AGGGGCUGGGAAAGCAGAACUUGGGAUAGGGCCAAGGGACACACAGGCUUUUCUGGGGCAGGCCACCAAGUGAGGGCACUCCCUUGGCACAGCCGGAGCUGGGAACGUGGCCUCCUGACUGUCUCCUGCUGGCUGAUCCAGAGGUUAAGAGUCCUGCCCUCUUGUUGGGUUGGCCAGCAGAGGAGGUGGGGACACAGGCUUGGACUCCCAGCAGGUGCUGGGGCUAAAGUGCCCAGAGGUGUCCCUGGAGGCCCCUGUGUGCCCAGCAGUGUGGUGUGUGCCACCCUCUUAGGCAACAGGAGCAGCACAAGAACGUGCUAUGGACUUCCUGCCGGAGCUUCUCCUCCUGGCCUUGUUCUUCUCCCCAGGCCGGGCCUCAUGGGGUGUCUCCAGCCCCCAGAACAUGCAGGGCGUGAAGGGGUCUUGCCUGCUCAUCCCCUGUGUCUUCAGCUUCCCUGCCGACGUGGAGGUGCCCGACGGCAUCACAACCAUCUGGUACUAUGACUAUUCAGGCCGGCAGUGGGUGGUGAGCCACUCGGCAGACCCCACGCGGGUGCAGGCCCACUUCCGCGGCCGCGCCGAGUUCGUGGGGAACCCCGAGCACAGGGUGUGCAACCUGCUGCUGAAGGACCUGCGGCCUGAGGACUCCGGCUCCUACAACUUCCGCUUUGAGAUCAGCGAGGGCAACCGCUGGUCAGAUGUGAAAGGCACCUUGGUCACAGUGACAGAGGAACCCAGGGCACCCACCAUCGCCUCCCCGGCCGAGCUUCUUGAGGGCACAGAGGUGGACUUCAACUGCUCCACCCCCUACAUGUGCCUGCAGGAGCAGGUCAGCCUGCAGUGGCAAGGCCAGGACCCUGCUCGUUCUGUCACCUCCAGCAGCCAUAAGUCUGAGCCCACUGGCGUCAGCCACCUGGAGACCCUCCACAUGGCUGUGUCCUGGCAGGACCAUGGCCGGGUCCUGCACUGCCAGCUCUCAGUGGCCAGUCACAGCACUCAGGCCAAGAUUCACCUCCAAGUGAAGUAUGCCCCCAAGGGUGUGAAGAUCCUGCUCAGCCCCUCAGGGAGGAAUAUCCUUCCAGGUGAGCUGGUCACACUCACCUGCCAGGUGAACAGCAGCUACCCUGCAGUCAGCUCCAUUACCUGGCUCAAGGAUGGGGUGCUCCUCCAGAGCAAGACUGGUGUGCUGCAGCUGUCCCAGGCAGCCUGGAGUGACGCUGGUGUCUACACCUGCCAAGCUGGGAAUGGCGUGGGCUCUUCGGUCUCACCCCCCAUCAGCCUCCAUAUCUUCAUGGCUGAGGUCCAGGUGAGCCCAGCAGGUCCCAUCCUAGAGAACCAGACAGUGACACUAGGCUGCAGUACACCCAACGAGGCACCCAGCGAUCUCCGCUACCACUGGUACAAGAACCACGUCCCGCUGGAGGACGCCCACUCCCACACCCUCCAGCUGCACGCGGCCACCAGGGCUGAUACCGGCUUCUACUUCUGCGAGGUGCAGAACGCCCAAGGCAGCGAGCGUUCAGGCGCUGUCAGCGUGGUAGUCAACCACCCACCUCUCAUCCCGGUCCUAACAGCCUUCCUGGAGACCCAGGCGGGGCUUGUGGGCAUCCUUCACUGCUCUGUGGUCAGUGAGCCCCUGGCCAUACUGGUGCUGUCACAUGGGGGUCAUAUCUUGGCCUCCACCUCUGGGGGUGGCGAUCACAGCCCACGCUUCAGCGGCACCUCUGGUCCCAACUCCCUGCGCCUGGAGAUCCGAGACCUGGAAGAAGCUGACAGUGGGGAAUACAAGUGCUCAGCCACCAACUCCCUUGGAAAUGCAACCUCCACCCUGGACUUCCAUGCCAAUGCCGCCCGCCUCCUCAUCAGCCCGGCAGCAGAGGUGGUGGAAGGACAGGCAGUGACGCUGAGCUGCAGAAGCGGCCUGCACCCCACGCCUGAUGCCCGCUUCUCCUGGUACCUGAACGGAGCCCUGCUUCUCGAAGGCCCCAGCAGCAGCCUCUUGCUCCCCGCGGCCUCCAGCACUGACGCCGGCUCAUACCACUGCCGGGCCCAGGAUGGCCACAGUACCAGCGGCCCCUCCUCACCAGCCGUCCUCACUGUGCUCUACCCCCCUCGCCAACCAAUAUUCACCACCAGGCUGGACCUCGAUGCUGCUGGGGCCGGGGCUGGACGGCGAGGCCUCCUUUUGUGCCGUGUGGACAGCGACCCUCCAGCCCGGCUGCAGCUGCUCCACAAGGACCGCGUGGUGGCCACUUCCCUGCCGUUAGGGGGUGGCUGCAGUACCUGUGGGGGCUGUUCCCCACGAAUGAAGGUCAGCAAAGGCCCCAACUUGCUGCGCGUGGAGAUUCACAACCCUUUGCUGGAGGAGGAGGGCUUGUACCUCUGUGAGGCCAGCAAUGCCCUGGGCAACGCCUCCGCCUCCGCCACCUUCAAUGGCCAGGCCACUGUCCUGGUCAUUGCACCAUCACACACGCUGCAGGAGGGCACAGAGGCCAACCUGACUUGCAACGUGAGCCGGGAAGCCGCGGGCAGCCCUGCCAACUUCUCCUGGUUCCGAAAUGGGGUGCUGUGGGCCCAGGGUCCCCUGGAGACCGUGACGCUGCUGCCCGUGGCCAGGACUGAUGCUGCCCUUUACACCUGCCGCAUCCUCACCGAGGCUGGCACCCAGCUCUCCACUCCCGUGCUCCUGAAUGUACUCUAUCCCCCAGACCCUCCGAAGCUGUCGGCCCUCCUAGACAUGGGCCAGGGCCACAUGGCUGUGUUUGUCUGCACUGUGGACAGCCACCCCCUGUCCCUGCUGGCCCUGUUCCACGGGGAGCACCUCCUGACCACCAGCCUGGGUCCCCAGCUCCCAUCCCAAGGCCGGCUCCGGGCUAAGGCUGAGGCCAACUCCCUGCAGUUAGAGGUCCGAGAAUUGGGCCUUGAGGACUCUGGCAGCUACCUCUGUGAGGCCACAAACGUUCUUGGAUCAGCCAACACCUCAGUCUUCUUCCAGGUCCGAGGAGCCUGGGUCCAGGUGUCACCAUCACCUGAGCUCCAAGAGGGCCAGGCUGUUGUCCUGAGCUGCCAGGUGCCCACAGGAGUCCCUGAGGGAACCUCAUAUCGCUGGUAUCGGGAUGGCCAGCCCCUCCAGGAGCUGACUUCAGCCACGCUCCGAUUUGCAGCCAUAACUUUGACACAAGCUGGGGCCUAUCAUUGCCAAGCCCAGGGCCCAGGCUCAGCCAUCACAAGCCUCGCCGCACCUGUCAGCCUCCACGUGUCCUACGCCCCACGCCAGGUCACACUCACUACCCUGAUGGACACAGGCCCUGGGCGGCUGGGCCUCAUCCUGUGCCGUGUGAACAGCGACCCUCCGGCCCAGCUGCGGCUGCUCCAUGGGGACCGCCUCGUGGCCUCCAGCCUACAAGGCAUGGGGGAACCUGCAGGCGGCUCUCCCAGGCUGCAGGUGGUUGCGGCCCGCAACACACUGCGCCUGGAGAUCCACGAGGCGAUGCUGGAGGAUGAGGGCGUCUACACCUGUGAGGCCUCCAACACCUUAGGCCAGGCCUCUGCCUCUGCCGACUUUGAUGCUCAGGCUGUGAAUGUGCAGGUGUGGCCUGGGGCCGCUGUGCAGGAGGGGCAGCUGGUGAACCUGACCUGCCUUGUGUGGACCACUCACCCAGACCAGCUCACCUACACGUGGUACCAGGAUGGGCAGCAUCGCCUGGGUGCCCAGUCCAUCCUCCUGCCCAACGUCACGGUCAGGGAUGCUGCCUCCUACCACUGUGGUGUGCGUCCCUCUGGUCAGGCACCCCGCCUCUCCAGACCAAUCACCUUGGACGUCCUCUAUGCACCCCGUGACCUGCGCCUGACCUACCUCCUGGAGAGCCGUGGUGGGCAGCUGGCCCUGGUACUGUGCACUGUGGAUAGCCGCCCAGCUGCCCAGCUGGCCCUCAGCCACGCCGGCCACCUCCUGGCCUCCUCGACAGCAGCCUCUGUCCCCAACACCCUGCGCCUGGAGCUGCGGGAGCCACAGCCCAGUGACGAGGGUUUCUACAGCUGUUCUGCCCGCAGCCCUCUGGGCCAGGCCAACACAUCCCUGGAGCUGCGGCUAGAGGGUGUGCAGGUGAUCCUGGCUCCAGAGGCUACUGUGCCUGAGGGUACCCCCAUCACAGUGACUUGUGAGGACCCUGCUGCUCUCCCACCCACCCUCUAUGCCUGGUACCACAAUGGUCGUUGGCUGCAGGAGGGUCCAGCUGCUUCGAUUUCAUUCCCGGUGGCCACGCGGGCUCAUGCAGGCGCCUACUCCUGCCAGGCCCAGGAUGCCCAGGGCACCCGCAGCUCCCGUCCUGCUGCCCUGCAAGUCCUCUAUGCCCCUCGGGACGUCGUGCUGUCCUCCUUCCGGGACUCCAGGACCAGAUCCAUGGCUGUGAUACAGUGCACUGUGGACAGUGAGCCACCUGCUGAGCUGGCCCUAUCUCGUGAUGGCAAGGUGCUGGCCAUGAGCAGCGGGGUCCACAGCUUGGCAUCGGGGACAGGCCAUGUCCAGGUGGCCCGAAACGCCCUACGGCUACAGGUGCAAGAUGUGCCUGCAGGUGACAAUGACACCUAUGUUUGCACAGCUCGAAACUUGCUGGGCUCAGUCAGCACCACCAGGCGGCUGCAGGUGGAAGGGCCGAGCGUGGUGGCAGAGCCUGGCCUGGAUGUGCCUGAGGGCACUGCCCUGAACCUCAGCUGCCACCUCCCAGGUGGUCCUGGGCCUGUAGGCAACUCCACCUUUGCAUGGUUCUGGAAUGGCCGACGGCUGCACACGGAGCCUGUGCCCACUCUCACCUUCACCCAUGUGGCUCGUGCUCAAGCUGGGAUGUACCACUGCCUGGCUGAGCUCCCCCGUGGGGCUGCUGCCUCCGCUCCGGUCAUGCUUCGAGUGCUUUACCCUCCCAAGACACCCACCAUGACGGUCUUCGUGGAGCCUGAAGAUGGCCUCCAGGGCAUCCUGGAUUGCCGAGUGGAGAGUGAGCCCCUCGCCAGCCUGACUCUCCACCUUGGCAGUCGACUGGUGGCCUCCAGUCAGCCCCGGGGUGUUCCUGCAGAGCCACACAUCCAUGUCCUGGCCUCCCCCAAUGCCCUGAGGGUGGACAUCGAGGCUCUGAGGCCCAGCGAUCAAGGGGAAUACGUGUGUUCUGCCUCAAAUGCCCUGGGCUCUGCCUCUACCUCCACCUACUUUGGGGCCAGAGCCCUGCACCGCCUGCGUCAGUUCCAGCAGCUGCUCUGGGCCCUGGGAAUGCUGGUGGUCCUCCUGCUCCUGCUGUUGGGCCUGUGGGCCUGCCACACCUGGAGAAAAAGGCGUGUUUAUAAGCCGAACAUGGGUGAGAAUUCGGUGGAGAUGGCUUCUCAGAAGGAGACCACGCAGCUCAUUGAUCCUGAUGUAGCCACAUGCGAGACCUCAUCCUGUGGCCCACCCCUGGGCUGACUGCUGGUGUCGCCUGCCCUCUGGAGAAGGUGGCCAGUGCCUGUGAUGACUCCAGCCCGUGAAUGUGAACGAGGCAGCGUUGGGUCCUGCCUGCCUCUGUGAAAACAGCUCUGUGACAUCCGACUUUUUAUGACCUGGCUCGAAGCCUCUUGCCCCCCUCCCCAGAAAUGGGUGGUGAAAGGUGGGGAUAAACCUCAGUCUACCCAGGAGGGUGUUGACCCUGGAGGAUGCUGAGGAGCCCCGAGUCGAUCAUGUUGACCACUUCUCUUGCUCUCUCUUCUCUGCAUGUCCUCCCUUCUCUCUAUUUCUCCCUCAAAGGAAGCCCUGCCCUUUCACAUCUUUCUCCUCAAAAGCCACCCUGGACUUUGGUUGGAUUAGAGCAUCCUGUGUCCUCAGAGGUUUGUCAAAGCACUCUGUAUUCAGCAGAAUAUAGGUUAGGGUGCUGUAACAAGAGACCAAAUACAGUGAUUUCAACGUGAUCAAAUUUUAUUUUUCUCUCUGGUGAUAGUCUGGCUGUCAUGAUGGUUUAAGGUGUUGGGGCUCAGGAUCCUUCUACCUUCCUUUUCUCUAACUAAAACAUUGCCUUUGAUUCUGAGGCUUACCAUGGCCCCACUCUGUCCACAUGCCCUCCAGCCAGAAGAGGGAAGAAUGGAGGCCGAAACACACCCAUGCCCAUGGUGGAUGCAACCCAGAAGUUGCACAUGACUUUUCCACUCACUUCCCAUUGGGUGGAGUAUUGUCACAUAGACACUCUGAGCUACAAGGGAGGCUGGGAAAUGUAGUUUUUCUUUUGAGUCCAGAGGACAUUUAGAAUUGGGCUUCCAAAGGACUCCCAACUGUGGGCUCAUCCCUGGGACUUUUGACAUUGAUGGGAAUGCCACCAGCAGGCCAUGUUUUGUCUCAGUGCCCAUUUACUGAGGGCCAAGGUGUGCCCCUGACCAUUCUGGUCAUGGACUUCCUGGAAGAGGUGAUCACUCUCACACUUAAGACUGAGGAAAUAAAAAAAGUGUGGUGUUUUCUUAUGGAGAGAGCAUGCCAGGCAGCACAGUUGCCUCAGCAAACAUCCUUAUGCCAGAUGUGGCCCCUGGAAGAAGAGAUGCCCUCAUUCCACCACCACCCCCCGCCCCCAGGGAUGGGUUCUGCCUUACUGACACUUACAAGAGUGAGGACAGACACAGAUGUCAUCAGCAUCCUUGUUCCAGCUCCAGAUACAUCCCUGUCCGUGACUGAGUGAGCUCCUGUCCUUUUCCCGGAGGACCCUAUGUCAGGGGCUGUUACAGAGGAUGAGUUACCAAGAAGGAACGAUGUGCCCCUGGGAAUCAGGGACUGACAGGAGAGAGCUCUCGAGUGGGCUAAUGACUCCCCUUGCAGCCUGGUGCAGAUGGUGGGAGGAGCUAGGAGCCCUCUGCUCUAGGAUUUGGGCUGAAAACCAGAGAGAAGUGGGGAGUUGGCACAGGACCUAACAGGCUAGGAGGCAGUUGGAGGCCAGGUGAACUUUGUGUAGCAGAGGCCGCAUCCUCCCUCAUUCCAGCCCCAUUCCUUUUCAUGCUCCAUUGCCAGACUCUUGCUGGGAGCCCAUCCAGAAUGUCCUUCCAAUAAACCUCUACCCUAUGA